UGACAAACUGAAAUGAGAGUGACGUCUUUCAUUGCGUAUCUCACACUUUAGGACGGUCGUCUGCACGCGUCCGGCUAUAUUUAUAUUAUUUUCGAGGCAAGGAAUUGUUUGCUUUCUAUCCAUUUAUUGUGAUUUCAUUCAUAUCAGUGCAUAUUUGAUUGUGUAUAUUGUGCUAGAUAUUAUAAAACCACUUGCCCUAGCACUCGCUAUACCAUCCAUACAAUGUUUGAAAAUUCCACCCCGAGCUAUGUCCGCUUCAGAGAAACUUAAACUAUUAGAUUUCAACUGUUACCGGUGAGUUGAUUUGUCUUGGAUCUGGUGUUUUGUCUUGUUGCGUGAUGUUUGGUGUCGCGUGAGGUCUCGAGGUCGCGACUGGGUGUUAGGUGUGUGACGGACCAUUGUAGAGGUUAUGUGGAAGCCUCAAGAGCUUGUCGAGUCCCCUGGACAUUCUAUCCGAUGACCCAUCCGUCGGGCCGACCCGGUCCACCCCAGCCUGUCUACUGAGCCAACAUGUUUUGUUAUUUCAUCAGGAUAAUCUAACUUUAAAGGCUGCAUGGUACAGUAGAAGUAGGUUAGCCUUUAACAAUGACUCCCCCGCAAACCUGCAAGAAGAAAGACAAAAUGUCUUUGUUCCAACUGCUACACUUGAGCUAUGAACAGCUGAUGGAGUAUUGCUUCCUGAGACAUUGGAUAUUCCGCUCAGACUCUCAGUCGCAGUUGUUGAUAAAUGAGACGAGACUGUGCGCUAAAGUCCUCAAUCCCAGGAUGGUUUUGGAUCCAAAAAGCGGUGGCAGCCAUAACGACUACGGAAGCUUCUCCGGUGAAGGUGAGGGGGAGGGGGAAGGCUCAGCUCCAGUGACAGCAGCAGCAGCAGCAGCAGGGGUAGUGACGGGGGGAGGCGGCGGCCCGGUGAUGGCUCAGAGUGACUUGUACCAGCGGCAACCUCUGCUGACCAGCGACACUCCAUGCCAGGACGACGAGGACGACAAGAUGGACGGUCUCAAGCGCAACACCAUCAACUCCAACGGCGUCGUCAGGAUAGAUGUGGUGCCACCUCUACAACGCGAGGAACCGCGCUAUCCCAAGGAGAAGAUGAAAACAUUUAUAGCAAUCCUGGUACUGUUGUUCCACAUGGUAUUGUCCACACUGUCCCUCGCUCUGAUACAUGAUAGAGUGCCCGACCGGUCGUAUCCGCCACUCCCCGACACGUUCCUGGACAACAUGCCGACGGCAGACUGGGCCCUCGACGUCUCUGAAAUACUUAUCAUGAUCUCCAUCAAUGUCAGCACUGGAGUCAUCCUCAUGCACAAGCACAGGUUCAUAGUGUUCAGACGAGUGUGUCUGAUGCUGUCAUUGUUGUAUCUGAUGCGCUCCAUCACUAUGUAUGUCACAGUGUUGCCCAUGUCAAGCAAGACAUACGUGUGCUCACCAAAGGAGAACCACACGAGUGCUAUGACAGUUGCCAAGCGAGUGUUUCAGCUCAUCUCUGGGUUUGGACUGAGUAUCAAUGGCAAACACACUUAUUGUGGUGACUACAUAUACAGUGGCCACACCAUCAUGCUCACCAUGAGCUACCUGAUCAUCAGUGAAUACUCUCCAAAAAGGCUGUGGCCGCUUCAUUGGGCCUCAUUUGUUGCCUCGUUUGUUGGUGUAAUCUUUGUGUUGGUUGCCCGAGGCCACUACACUGUGGAUGUCAUCAUCGCCUACUGGGUCACCACUCGGAUCUUCUGGAUAUAUCACACCCUCGCCAACCACGCAUCACUCAAGAACAGAAGUCCCAACAACCUGUUGUCGAGAGCCUGGUGGUUCAGGAUAUUCCAGUACUUUGAAGGCAACGUGGGAGGACCUCUACCACGGGUCCACGACUGGCCGCUGCCUUGGCCUCGGCGGUUCCUCGCCAAACAUCCCAACCGUGACAGUUAGUACGCAUCCAACCAGGACAGCUAGCAACUGUAAGAUUUGUUUCUUCGUGGUUUGGAAAAAUCGUUAGUACCUUACAGCUUUUUACAACUUUUUUUAUCUUAACAUUUUCUUUAUACAUUUUGUUGUUAUUUACAUUACUGAGUAAAUCUGUGAGUAAAACUGCAUGUCUAUUUUUUUAAACUACCAUCGUAUUUAGGUUACUUUUACAUCGUUCAAAUCGAUAACUGUUACAGUGAAAGUUAGGACAUUUAGUUAUGUAUAACUUAUUUAUAAUCUUAACCUUAGAGUUAACUAAUCAAUUGAUUAAAAUAUCAGUGUGUAUUUACAAUCACAUGUUCUUUGGUUUGAAUCUUUUAGACCAGUGUAAUCUGUACCUAGUUCUACAAGAAAAGAAUUUUACUACAACUAAGUUGGUACUCUCUUAUGUGCCAGUAUUUUAUAAUAUAAUCGUGCAUUUAAUUACAUAACUUUGGACGAAAAUGUUGUAGAAAAAGUAUUUAAACAUCUUUUUGGAGUUUGCCAAAUAAUAUAUACAAAUAUUGAAAAAUACCACUUACGAGAAUAGUAGUCUGUAAAUAGCUACUAGUUAGCUGAUCUAUAGACAUAAUAGCUAGAAAAAUAUGUAUCGGUUUUAUUUGUCCUACUAGGGUUUUCAUUGUAAAUUCACUGGUAAUGUUUCUGUAGGAUCUUUGAAUUAAUAACUCUUAAGACUGAACUGUGAUCAUGUAGUAAAUCCAUUGAAAAGGUUUAAACAAUAGGUGUUGAUUAGUACCAAAAACAAUUGCAAGUUUGUCGACUUAGCUGAUGUAUUGUUAAGAUAAAUUGUCAUGCAGCAUCAUUUGUUUAACUGCCUUGAGGUAAUAAUUUAUUUGAUAAUCUAUGUGAUCUUUCUUUUAUGGUAAUUACUUUGUCACAUCCUGUCUAUAGUGUACAUGAGACUGUAAAGCUACUAUCCGCUUAUCCCACUAAAACAAAAUACUAAGUGAAGAAAACUAUGAAUCUUUUACAACAGGUUUGGCUUUAAAUCAUAAGUUUUAAAUUUCAGACCCUUACCUCAAUAUUAAUUAUUUCUAUAUUAUCUAUGUAGCACAAACUUGCAAUUCCUCAAAGUUAUAAGGUUAUUAAAAUUGUAUCUAAUCAUUUAAAACAUGCGUGUUCUUAGUUUUCAAAUAUGAUAGGAAUUCUUGUACUGUACAAAGUUUUGUAGACCUAGGAUGCAGAGUGUUGCUAGUGGGGCUACCUGAGUUGUAAAUAAUACCUGCUUAGGCUAGGCAUAUCUAGUGUCUUCCGUUAGCCUCUUUCCAUCAGGUCUUUGGUUAUUGAUUGCUGUAAAUACUUGUAUAGGAUGUGGAUGUAUAUUAUGUUUGAAAUUUGUUUGAUUCAAUUGGAAUAAUUUUCAUCUUGCAUUGCCUACUGCAUCAUUCAAUUUACAUAUAAAUGGUGUUGUAUUUGGUUUUAAACAAUGUUUAAAUAGUGAACUAGAAAUAUGAUCUGAGAUAAAAUUUACAAUGAUGGGUUUAUCUAUUCAAGGACGCCUACAGAAAUUCUUUUAGGGGAACACUGGAAUGUUCUUCCAGGGUUCCCGAAAAAUGCCCCUGCUAACAAUUUUAAUAUAAAAUGUACCAAAACAUAUUUUUUAUAUGUGUAAAAGUUGGAAUUCUCUUAAAAAACAUUUAUAAUAUAGGCUACUUGUUUGUCUCUACAAUAUUUAUACAUAUAUUUUAAACUACUAAAAACAAGGUAUAAAAUUUAAACAAGUGUUAAAACUAAAAGUGAUCCAUUUAAAAUAAAAGGUCAAAAUAUUUGUUCUACAUUUAAAGGAUGAUUUACGUAUAAAGAAUCUGUUUUAAAUACAUUUAUUUUUUUCCUUGACUUGUUUAACUGUGCUUCUAUAUAUUUAACUGUUUCUAAUAGAACUUAUUACUUAUUGAGGUUUCUUAUUCAGAUAGUUAUUUUAUCUCUUUCUCUUGUGUAAGCCUUUUGUUACAUUAUUUUGGUUGUGAUUAUUCACCAAUUACGCUGAUUUAUUUUAUUUAUCUCAGGGAAGACCAUGCCUCCCUCUGUGGGCGUCCAUGUAUCAACAACUUAUAUUAAACUUCCCAAUUGUUAUUGUAAAUACUUUUCACAUACUAACGUUGUUGGCUUCAAACAGUAUUCAAUAACAAUAUAUUACUCAAAACAGCCAAAAUAACACACCUCUUCUAUAUACAAAAAUUUUUUUAUUGUUUAAAAAUAGCAAAAGUAGUUUGUCUCAUAAACGUAAUUUAGUAAAUUGUACUUUUGCAACACCACUAAGAAAAUAGUAUAUUUGUAAGAAGUAGAAUUAUGGAGCAAUAAAAUUGUAUCCUCUUUUUGUUACAAUCUUUCAGAAUUAUAUUUUUUAUAAAGUACAAACCUAGAGGAAAGCUAUAAAGUUAAUGCAUAUUGAUGUAUCUUUAAUUUAUGUUGAUUAUGCAACCAAAAUUACAACAGCUGACAAUCAUUUUGGCGAUAAACUAUGAUCAUUAUUAUAAAUUUUGGUCGAUAAACACAAUUUUUAAAUGAAAUUUUCAUUUCAUGCAAGACUAACCGACCUGUGCGAAGCAUUCACACUGAAUCCUUCUCUAAUCCCACUUAUUAAGGUACACAACAUAGUUAAUUCUGCGUAGUAAGUGCAUCGUUGAUUAAAGUAUGGUUUCUUACUUCAGGAAUAGAUGUAGGUUUACAUUUUAAUUAACCUUUUCAAAAUAUACUGUUAAGUUAUUUACAUUUUUACAUGUUUACAGGACCUAUUUGAACACUAUUUUUGAAGUAUGCAAUAAUUUGGUAAUUUACGAUUUUUCUUUUGGUGGCUUUGUAAUUACACAAACAUAGUUUUCACUGAAAAAGCGCACCCUUGACAAAGCCACACAAACUGAAUGGGUAAAAAAAACAGAGUCUGGUGCGUGCAACCCUUCCUUUGUUACCGUUUGUCCAUAUACCUUAUUUAAAGUCAUUGCAAAGGUUGCUUUUAAGGGAAAUUCCUUCUUAGUCAGUUUGAAAAGAUUACGGACUAUUGCGUAGCAUGACAGUUUGACCGGAGUCAGCCAACUUCACUUUCAUAGAGUAUGUGUCCAAGUGAGCUACAGCUAAUCUUGGACCAUGCUUAGGUUUCUCAUCAACAUGAUAAUAGAGUUCUUUUUAGGAUGGGUUUAUGAGCUAACAAACCUAAAGGGCUUAGUGAGUAAAAAAAAAAAACAAAAAAAACUAAUGGAUGUGUUCUACGUCCCUUGGUAAAGAACCGAAUCAAAACUGAUUCAAACCGUUUCCUGUCAGUAAGAAAUUCAACACAAAAUAACUAUUCAAGUUGAAACUUGAAGUUAAGAAAAGAUAAGAGAUAAGAGGUGAUGUUUGAAGGUAGGUAGGUAUAUCAAAAUGAAGGCUUUGUUGUAAAUAAACAAAUAUAAAAGCUAAAGAAUCCAUGCGGCACUUACUUUUGAGUUGUUCUUACUUUAAUUUAAACAUUUCAGGUGUCAAAAUAUUUGCUUCAGUUCGCAGUUUUACAAUAAGGUUUAAGAAUUGAGACAAGUGUAUUUUAAAGGGCACAGGCAGCCCUUAAAGUUGGUGGAAAGUUGGUAUUGAAAUAGAUUUAAUUGAAAAUCAAGUCAGGCAAAUGGAAAUUCGGUUAGUCUGUAGGUUUGCUGCGGCAGGAGUAUUUUGUACAAAAAUGCAUCAAUAUACAAAAUUGUUUGUUUUCUCAAGCCCUACAGAAUGGAUGUAAUGAAAAUUAGGAAUUUCCAUGUUUCAUGGUAAACAUUUAAAAACAAAACUCAAAUGUGACAGUUUGAUCAAAUUCUCUUUUAUGAAGAAUGUAGACUUCCUGGUUUUUGCCUUCAUCAGGGCUUAAACCCAACAGUGAAGGCACGACAAAUGCUAUUCCUUAUCUGAGGAAAAUACAAAUCUAAAUAUUGUAUGGAUUUUGAAUUUGAUUGAACUGUAUCAGCUGUGUGGCAGGAUGAAAUUAGUAAGUUAAACAAACUAGCUGUUACCCACGGGCUUCAACCUGUUUGACUUCAUUGGUUAAGAUAAGCUGACAUAAACAAAACAGAAUACAGUAAUACAAAAAAAUAAUCACACCUGAUUUCAAGAAGGUAAUAAAUUGAAAGAAUAACAAACAAAUAAAAACAGCUGAGAUUUUUAACGUUGGGCAUAUCGAAAGUUCCCUUUAGAGAGGAAUUACGACCUUAAAGGGCAAUUUAUGAAAUAAUGGAUAGUUUUGCGCAAGGUUUCUCGUCAUGACGAACAUAUUAAGUGUAUGGUUAAUGGGGGUGACUUGUAGUGUUCUCAAAAGUUCAUGGGUACUUUAGGAUUCAUAUAUGGAUUAUAAACAAAGUAAGCUAUAAACAAAUACCGAAACUAUAAAUCCUCUUGAAUUUCGGUUUAUUGCCAUUGUGACUAACCAAUAUUUCUAAAAUAUCAACCUCGGACGUCUACAAUGUGUUAGCAUGCCACUUUAUUAUCAUGUUAUAACUACGUAUAUUCCAGGAGUGCAUUUUAAUGUUGUAGGUUGCAUAAUCAACAUGUUAGCAGCUUUGAGAAUUGUUAUUAGUUGUACAGUAAGAGUGUUAUUUUAUCUAGGUUAGGUAUAACUGUAUAUAGUAAAUGUGGAUAGUAAUUGAUAAAGAAAAUUAUUCGUAAAUACCUAUUAUGGUGCAUUAACACUAAUGAGUAGUUAAUUUUUAAUCGUGCUGAUUUUAGUUAGUUAACGUUAUUUCUUAGGGAUGUGUCGAUUCUCAAUACCGAUUCUCGAUACCACCUAUACUUGACCGUUGGUAUCGGUAUUGAGAAAUGAUCAUCAAAAGUUGAUUCCGAUACCGAUACCCCCGUGCAAUCGGAAAAUUAUCGAUAUUCCCGCGAACGUGCAAGACAAUGACGACUUUUCCGUGACCCCGGGAGAUGUUAAUGAUUCUGCCGUGAUCUCGGAAGACGACGAUGAUGUCUACACUGAAGCGGAAGAUGUUCAUGAUUUUGCCGCGAAUGCAGACGACGACGAUGAUGUUUCCGUGACCGCGGGAGUUAACCCAUUCCUGACUGAGUUAUUUGUCUAGUAGCAUGCAGUUAGAACUGAGUUAAAAUGGGCCAAUGGGCAGUGUUUUAGUAAAAAAUCCAUAAAAACUGUAAUUUAUGAAAUAAAUGGCUAACACUUGUGUUUAAAUUGAUCUACAUAAAAUUUCCUUUUAUGUGACACUAAUUUCCAAUCAAAAAAUUUUUAUCGCAAUUUUAAAAAUAUAUAUGGAUUUUAUAUAUAUUUAUAAAAAAAUAUAUUUUAUGAAAGCAUACCUAAAAAAAGUAUUUUUAAUUUUUUUUUCAAUCAAUUUCUUGGCCAAAUUCAUAAAUAGUAUUCAAUUCCUUACACAAAAAACUUUAUUUGGUUUGUUUAUAUAUAAAAUCCUUCAUUUUAUAGCUGUUUUUGUAAAACUCUGCAAUCAACAAAAUAGGCCUGAAUAGGCCUAAUAGAAGCUUUUCACAAAAAUUGCAUGUGUACUAAGUUAUGGUGUUGUGAGUAUUGAAAUAAAUGGUAAAUUAUAUUCUUAGCAUGAUUAUAUUAAUUUUUAACUAUAAAAUAGGUAAAAUUAGUUGUCAGGGAAAUUUUAGGGAAUUUCAGGGAAAUUUCCCGGAAUUUCAGGGAAUUUCCCCGGAAUUUCAGGGAAAUUUUAGGAAAUUUCAGGGGAAAAAAGUUUCGUUCCAAAUAUCAUUGUGGGUACUCAAAGUGUUGGGGUUUUCAUUCUCAAUAUGAUUAUAUUAUAAUUAUUCUUACCACCGUACAAUUACCAAGCAUAUUAUAACCAAAAACGUGAUUCGUCGAAUACUCAAGAAAACCUUGCAGCCUAAUAUAAUAAAUAUAAGAUUGAUCACUUACUUUUUUUGCUUAUUUGUGAGCUCCAGACCUCUCUGCCACAAUAUUAUAUACAGUUUUACACUAUUUACACACUAUUUACACUCUAUUUACAACUUUUUUCGGGGUUUCAAAAGUUUGUUUGGGUGUGAAACACCUCGAAACAUGUUUCUAAGUGCAGAGGCACAAGGCACUUCCUGCACUCGUAAACGGUUUCACUUCUCCUGCCUUGAGCACUACAUACUCUACACUUCCUUGAAGGCCUUUGCUUAGAAGUGGGCAAAAUCUUCCUUAUAAAAUGACCCCAAUGCCUGGCCUGUAACCGCAGUGGUGAUUCAGCUGCAACCGAUGGCCUUCCCCCUACUGGUCUGUUAGUUAGAUUGACACUUUCCAAAAUCUGUUCAGCCAAAUUUAUCCUAAAUUUUGACAUAGUAGACUUUUUCUUUGUUACAAUCUCAUGAAUCACUCGGGCAUUGUUCAAUGUAACAUCGAAAAGAUAAAAAAACAAUUUCUUGUACCCUUUCAUGCACUUGCGCAUCACUGGGAAGCAUGAGAGUCGUUGGUCUUGUUUGUCCACACCGUUCAUAUUGUUAUUGUAGUUUAUCACAACAUUUGGUUUGAGUUGUGGUUGAGGAUUUGGACGUCUUCUCUCUCGUUGUGGAAUGACUUCCUCAUAUUCCGGUCGGGUAUGGAUGGUUGAUAGCAUGGCUACAUCCUUUCUGUCCUUCCACUUUAGGGCUAAGAUUUUCUUAGUGUGCAAAAAGGUAAGUUCACCUAAUUGGAGCUGUCUGUUUUUUAUUUCUUUUGGAAAGUUUGUUCUAUCAGACCUCACAACUCCUACAGCGUACGUAUGCCUGUUCAAAAGCUCUAAAAAGAGUUUAGGUGAACUAUACCAGUUGUCUAAGUAUAAAACCCGGCCUUCAUCCAACAGAUCUGCACAAAUUUCUAAUACAAUUUUUUCACUAAGUAAAAAAGAUUUCUCCGGGGUUGCAGCAUUUUCUGUCAGAUUUUCGCCAACCUCAAGAUUUUCUCCAUUUUCAGGAUCAUCUACAUUCUCCUCAUUUUCUUCUUGGGGCUGUAUAUCUGUCUCUUUGCCAGUAUAAAUUUUGAAGUCAUAACAAUAGCCAGUUUUAGAGUCAUUCAACUUGUAUAUCUUUAUACCAAACCUGGCUCGUUUUGAUGGGUUGAACUGUAUAUAGCUCAGUCUGCCUCGAAAUUUUAUUAGGCUUUCAUCAACACAAAUUUCUUUCUGAGGAGUAAAUACUUUCUUAUAGGAUGCAAUCAACUUCUCAAUAAUAGGCCUAAUUUUUCUUAGUUUGUCAUUAGGGUCCACAGAAGAUGAGAAAUGUAAAAAACGAGAGAUAGUUUUGAAUCGGUCUCGUGACAUCGUUUCGCCAAAAAUAGGUUGAUGCAAAACCCUUCUCGUCGACCAGUUGUCAUGGAUAUUAGCUUUCACAUUUUGUGCCAUGAGUACCACUAAAGCAAAAUAGGCUUUUAGUUCAUCAAUGGUCAAAUCUACCCAUUUCACAUUAGGCAUGCCCUCAUCUAGGUAUUUGUGAGCAUUCCUGUUUGUUUCGUCACAUACCUGUUCCCAAAAAUUAUUUCCCAAAAACUGAUCUAGCACAUCCAGUUCAUUGCUCUUGUCUGUCAGUUGUCUAGAUAUAACAGGAUUUAUCCCGUGUUUCCCUGUAAAAGGAAUAUUUUCUACCUCAUUUUCACCCUCAAACCAGUCCCAGGGCUUUGGUUUUGUUUUGCGUUUUCGAGGCCUAGGCCUACGAACGGGUUCAUUACGGUUCACACGGUUACGUCUGCGAAUAGGUUCACGCCUAGGUCUACGCCUAUUACGACCAGGAUUCAGAGCUCGAUUUUCAAUAUUUACAUUAUUUGGAAUAUUUACAUUAUUUGGAAUAUUUACAUUACUUUCAAUAUUUACAUUGUCACUUUCUUCAACAUUCGGUAAAUCAACGUCAUAUUCAUCAAGAGUAGGAUUCAAGGUUGCUAGGUUAGCCGAACUACAACUUGGCAGACUAGACACACUUGGAACACUUACGUCUUCAUCACUGAUAAUUCGUUCGUCCUCUUCAUCACCACUCACUUCACAACCACUUUCCGCUAAAAUAUCAUCAACAAACUGAGCAAAACGAUCACUUUGUAAGAAUAAAUCAUCGCGACGAAACGCCAUAGCAACAACAAAACGAACCGCUGUUGCACAACUAAGGUUAGAAUACAACGUCAUGACAACAAAUCAAUAAUACAACAAAAAAAACAUUACAGGCUACCAGCAGACAACGCAUAGAGUAUAAAAACAAAGUAUAGUAGUGAAUAAAACAUAGUGGAUGGUUAUUGAUCGUUUUUAAUCAUGAGAACAAAAUAUAAUAAUGCAUUAUGCGUGAGGACGGGCGCUGCCCGUCUUUAGUCUUUCGUAACCUGGCGCGCUAGGACGGGCGCCGCCCGUCUUUAGGCGGGAAUGGGUUAAUGAUGAUGUCUACAUGGCCGCAGAAGAUUUUUGUGAUUUAGCUGCGACUGCGGACGACGAAAUGAACAACGUUACCGUGACCGCGGGAGUCAAUGAUGUCUACACGGUAGCAGGAGAUUUGAAUGAUUUUGCCGCCAUUGCGGACGACGACAAUGAUGUUUCAAUGACAUGAAAUGAUGACAUGACAUGGGAAAUGAUGAUGACGUCUACACAGCCUCAGGAAAUAUGUAUGAUAUUGAAGGGAUCGCGGACGACAACGAUGACGUUUUUGUGACCAAGGGAGUCAAUUAUGAUACACUUACUUUUUUUGUAUUUCAGUAAUGUAUCUUACAACAUUGUGAUAUUGUUCCUUUAUAUCCAUCCAAUGUAGGUUUUUCCAUAUAUCAUUAUAAGCGAACUACGCAGCCUCAGAAGAUUUUUGUGAUUUCGCCGUGAUCGCGGAAGACGAAGAUAACAUUUCCAUGACUGCGAAAGACGAUGAUGAUGAUGACGGCCUUGGAAGAUGUUCUUUGCCACGAUCGACAAAGAUGAUGUUUCCUUAACCGCUGGAGUUGAUGAUGCUGUCUUCAGGACCGCGGAAGGUAUGAUUUUUCUGCAACCGCGAAAGUCAGUGAUUGUGGGAGAUAUUUCGGACUUUGCAGUGAUCCCAGAAGAGAAAAAUGAUAUCUCCACAACCACUGGCGAUGACUAACUUAAUUUGGCUUGACUGAAUAUUUCAGGCACACCGCAAUAAUAUCACUUUCUUUUUGGCAUUUGUUGUUAGAUCAAUUCAUUUAUCCUUGCAUUUGCCCGUCCACAUAGACUAACUGCCCGUGCGUGGAACGUAUCCAGCAAAGCAAGGGGUGAGCCGGUACAGUACAAAGGUGAACUGUACUGAUAAAUUGUAGUGGCAGUGAUCAGGAUCCGAACCCACGACAUCGCUGCCUUGGGCCCGAAGUCCGUGACGCUACCAACUGAGCCACCGACUCACCAAGAAGAAGGGAGGCUUUAGAAGGGGUUAAACUUAAUUAAGAGUUGGAAUGAAUAAUUGCUGCAUAAAUCUUUCUUUACUUGCAAAAAACUCCAUUUCCUCAAAAAUUGUUAAUGGAAGGACAUAAAGAUAGGGGUUGGUGUAGUAUAUAACCAAUCCAUUCAGAAAAUUUGGAAAAAAAAUUCCAACAAUAAUUAAAUGGUAUCGGUACAGAGAAUCGAUUUUUCUGGUAUCGGUAUCGAGAAUCGAUAAAUUUUGAUAUCGACACAUCACUAUUCUUAACCUACUUAGUUUUUGCUGGAAUCAGUUAUGAGAGGGAAAUGGAAUAAUGUAAGUCAAGUCUAGUGGGUUACUUUGCUUCCUAUAUGUUUAAUGUGUGUUAGCUGUAUUUAUUUCAUACCAUCUUUUAUAACUAUCUGUUUUUUUUUUUUUUUAGUUUUAUUAUAAAGAUAAUUUUUGGAUGCACAUGAAAUACCAGUAUAUUGCUUUAAUAUUCCUUAAAAUAAUGACAUCAACUGAUUCCCCCUUAAACUCUUAUAAAUUUAAAAGUGGACCCUAAGUUCAGGUGGAAAUUAUUGUUCAUUAGUGCAAAAUAGUUGAAUAGAAGUCUUUGCUUUCAAAUUACAGUUUUUAGCAAAAACUAUUUUUAACAUGUUGUAUGGUUUACCUAUUUAUUAUCAAAGUUUGAACAUUUAUAACAUAAACAUAGACUUAUGUAUUGCAUUUCGAUAUUCUAAUAGGAUCUAAGGAAAUCUGAGUAUCCAAAAACAAAAAGUCAGAUCGGUUUACCUGUCCACCUCUACACUGUAGUUUUUAAAACGGCAAAAAUGGUGGUCUGUAUUAUAAUAUGUUCUGUAAUUCAGUUAUGUUUCUUAUAACAUUGUGAUAUUGUUCCUAUCUAUCCAUCCACUGUAGGUAUUUUCAUAUAUCAUUAUAAGAGUUGAUACUUUGAGAUAUAUUUAUACAUGUGUGAGGGUAGUGUACAGUGUACAGUUGUAUAGUAGCUUACCUCGUACCGGUACUUGUUCAAGUUUGCUGUUGAAGCACAAACUCAUUUGUUCACAGCCAGUAAUCUUGAGCCCAGCCAGUACUUUGUCGUCUCUGACAACGAACUCUUAUGUUUGUAUCUUGUGUUAAGGUGUGUGAUUCGAGAUGGAACUCAGUGUUAAUAUCAAUGAAAUGUGCCUAUAUUUUUUUACUGAUGAAUCUCCGUCUGUUUGUUUGAACAUUGUGUUGUGCUUCUUAGAGUAACUGUGUAUACUUUUGUUUAACAAAUAAGGCUGAUAAAUAAUGUGAAUAUAGAUAAACUGUUAGCAAUCUUGAUCGAUUAAUAUUUAUUUUUUCUUGUUUAUAUAUGAUAUAUUAUCGGUAAAAACAUCUUUUCAGGGUCCGGCUGGAUUGUGAUUGUAAUGAAGGUUGGUCCCGGUGUUUCCUUGUGGAAAUGUUGUUUUUGUAACGUGAUAAUAAAGUUUUUAUGUCAUUA